AAAGUGGAUCACAUUAUUUACUACAGGGGAUCAGAGUUUCAAAGGAUCUUAGUUUGUUUCACUUCGAAAGCCCUGGGACACGCACCGCACCUCAUGUGGCGCGCAGUAAAUCCUCUUACAACCAUUAACACACCAGAUGCAGAUGAUGCCAAUCAAUAGACCAUGCGGCGUGGAGAAAUUUAACGGCAGUCUUGCGUUUACAGUAUACUGCACGAGUUCAGUUGUAGUUUACCUGGAUUAUUAUUUCUCUAAAUUUCUAUGACUUACUGACAGAAACGGACAGUCAGGUGCGUGCUGGUUCUAUCGACUUUGGGAAGGGAACCAACAUAUGGGAUAUCAAGGUGCAGAGACCCAGACGGCUCUGGCAUUAUUGAAGCGUUAUUCCCCGUGGAUUAGGCCAGUUAUUCGACGGCAAAAUGCUUCCUCAAGAUAUAAGAGUGCAGAAACCCCGUCGGAUCUCGGAUUCGGCUCCACCGGUACCACCACGGCGUGGCAAGAACAGAGACGUUCCUCUUUCAACGCGUGGGCGGUCGGGCUCCGUACCUGAGCGCAAGGUGAACUGCGUCCUCGUCGGAGAUGGAGCGGUGGGGAAGACAAGUCUUAUCGUCAGCUACACCACAAAUGGUUAUCCGACAGAAUACAUUCCAACAGCUUUCGACAACUUUGCAGCUAUGGUUGUGGUGGACGGAAAACCUGUGAGACUGCAACUCUGUGAUAUGGCUGGCCAGGACGAGCUGGACCGGAUCCGCCCUCUAUGCUACCACAAUGCCGAUGUCUUCCUGCUCUGCUACAGUGUGGUGCGCCCCUCCUCCUUCCGCAACGCCACUGACCGCUGGGCGCCCGAGAUUCGCCAUCACUGCCCCGGGGCACCCAUGGUCCUGGUGGGAACCCAGCUGGACCUGAGGGAAGACGUCCAGGUGCUGGUCCAGCUGGCCAGGAAUCAGGAGCGGCCUGUGAGCACCGAGGAGGCCCAGCAGCUGGCAAAGGAUAUCGGGGCCGUGUCCUUCGUAGAGUGCUCGGGUCUGACCCAGAAGAAUCUGAAGGAGGCGUUUGACCAGGCCAUCUUGGCCAGCAUCCAUCCAGUGGAGAACGUUCAGCAGCUCCAGCAGAGGCAGAGCCUGAGGAAGAAGACCCCGGAUAAGAUCAAGAGUCUCUCUGAGACUUGGUGGAAGAAGCUGAGCUGUGUUGUUGUGGCAGGAGAGUGUGUGGGAGGAGAGAUUGAUUGAACACCCAAGCAGCUGUUUAGGAUUUUACAUUUUUCUAAGCUUGUCACUCAGGAAAACAGACCUGGAUCAAUAAUAUGUUGGAAAAUGUAAAUGUAUUAUCCAAAGACUCAUGGAAUUAUUUCAUAUCUAAAUAGGAGAAGCACUAGAAAUAAUGAUCAUUGCUGGCAAGAUAAUGAAUGAAAUGCAGAAUUUCAGCGUUUGUGAUAAUUUAUGUUAACUACGGGUAGGACAAGAUUUUGUGUUCCAAGGCCAUGAUGAGGGCACAACAAGUCUGAAUUGAUUUGAAUUAGCAAAUCCAGUAGCUGGGGAGACUACUAAUGAAAUGACUGACUUCACAAUGAUCUCUGUGUCAUUCUGUGUAACCCCCAUCAAGUGUCAAAGGUCACCAUUGGAGAAUGUUGUGGAGGAUUACGAGAAACCAGCCAAUAGCAACUGUAACGCCAAACCAUAAACUUACUUUGUGUCUGCCAUUUUGACAAAGUCUCUCAAUGUUAUUUAUUAACCUAUAUCAGAUCAUGUACAGUGGGGCAAAAAAAUAUUUAGUCAGCCAUCAAUUGUGCAAGUUCUCCCACUUAAAAUAAUGAGAGAGGCCUGUAAUUU